AUGUUUCAGCGCCUAAAGAAUACCAUCGACUCUGCCUUCGAGCAGGAGCAGCAACGGCAGAAAGCCGCAGCAGCACAGCAAACCCCGUCUCGAUCAGGCUCCGGAGCUCGACGAUCAAGUUCACGCGCUCUAUCGCCCUCAAGGCGACAAGGCCGUAACCGCCAGCCAGCCAACGAUGCCGACAGAGCGCCGGGCGAGAAGGGGCCUGACCCCUCAGAAUUCGUCAUUGGAGACGACGAUGAGCUGAGUCGAGCCGGUACACCUCGACCGCCUGCUGUAAGAGAGGAGCAGGGCUCAUCCGUGGUAAACGAGAAGGAUGGAGGGGAGGAGGACGCGGCAAGGGAUGCCAAGCCCUCCGACAUUCCUACGGAGGUGCGCGCGAAGUUGCGUAGGCUGGAGAAGAUUGAGGCGAAGUACACAGAGCUACUGCGCUCAUACCGCAUCGCACACACCCGCGUUUCAGCCAUCGAGCCUUUCGAAGCUUCUCUCCGCGAGAACACGCCCCUUACAUCUAUAACUGAUCCUGGCGCUUUUGUGGAGUACCUCAACCAGAACAAGCUCAAGGGUGACAUGGUCAUGGACGAGCUAAAGCGGGUAUCGAGCGAGCGGGACACUUUCAAGCAAAAGCUGGAGCAAGCUGAGAUGCGGGCGAAAGAAGCUGAGAGUCGAGCGGAGCAGCUGAAGGCAGAGAAGGACGCUCUCAGCGCUCAAAGCAAGCAUGAGCAUGUGAACGGCACGAGCGUGCAGCACCAGGAGAAUCCAGAGUCAGCUCAGGCAACCUCGGCGGCCUCUCCAGAACCAGAAAAGACCGCCGAGAAGAGCGAUGAUAGCGAAGAGUUCUUCUCGUACGAUAGCGAGCUUCCACGAGUGAAAGCCGAGCUACAGACACGCGAAGAACAGAUCCGCAAACUCGAGAGCAAGAACAAGGAGCUACAGGGCAACAUAGCUGUUGCUCAGGAGUCCGCGGAACAGUUAGUCCGUAACCUAGAAAUUGCGAAUAGAGACUUACAGGCCCUGCGAGACAGCAAGGAGCAGUCAGAGCGGGAAGGCAAGGAGCGGUUCGAGUCCCUGGAGUCAAACAGAAACGAGGCCCAAGCUGCGCUGGAAAAGGCAGAAAAGGCGCUUAGUGAGCUCAGCGACCAACGUGACAAGCAUGAAUCAAUCGUGGUAAAUUUGCAGACGACCCUGGAAUCUACAAGACAAGAGCUGGAGAACAUACGCUCCGAGCAAUCCAGUGCACCCGAGCAGGGCGAGGAGCAGAACCGUCUACAGAACCAAGUGGAACGCUUAGAAGCCGACCUUGCGGAGUUUCGAUCAUCACAUCAGAAACAGACUAAGCGCGGCGAGACGCUGAACAGUCUGGUCGACACCUUAAGAUCUCAGCUUAAGGACGCCGAGUCGGAACGCGACGUUUUGAGAAAAGUAGCAACGGAUUUCAGCGCUUUGCAAGCGACUAUUGCAGCUGAGACCGUCGAGCAGGACCAGGCUGGGGAUCCUGCAGCGACCGCCAACACGAACGAAGCAGCGGCAUCCAAAAAGAAGAACAACAACAAAAAGAAGAAGAAAGGAAGCAAAGCUACGGAGGCCGCUACUACGGACGGAACCGAGACGCCAGUCGACACACCAGCCACAAAAGGUGCCGCAGACGAGGAGAUGGAUGAGGAAAGACAAACGCGAAUCAACGAGAGCGAAGCGGAAAUAGCGACACAGAUUGCUAAAGAUCGUAUCAUCGAACGUCUGAACAGCAAGCUAAAGGACCAGGAUGACCUCAAAGAGGAGAUUGAAGGUCUCAGAGAUACUCUACUCAACAUAGGCGACGAGCACGUUGUGGACAAGGACAUGAUCAAGGAGCUUCGGGCCGACAAAGUCGCAUUGGAGGAAAGCCUUCAGAAGCUCGAGAAGGAUGUCACAGAGCUUCGCGCCAGUCAAGCUUCGAGCAGCGCGAGCUCGGAACAGGAGCGACAGUCGUUGGCAGCAAACUUCGAGGAGCUCAAGCGCAAAGCCGACUCCCUGCAAACGGACCUUUCGGCCGCAGAGCAGCUUGCUGCCUCGAGAUUCAAGGACCUCACAGACAUGCGGGAGAUCUUGCAGAAGGCGCAGCCUGAGCUUGCGGCGUUGCGUAGCGAGGUCGCCGAGCUACGGAGUUCGAAAGAGGAAAUAGUGGUCAAAACAGCAGAGGUGCGAAGGCUUGAGGCGCGGGAGAAGGAUCUGAGAUCUGAGAUCACGAUGUACAAGUCGCAAGCUUCUGAGAAGGAUGCCGACAUCAGGGCGCUGAACGACAAGAUCAACCAAGAAACAAAACUACGUAUCGGGACGGAGGAGACGAACCGAAAGGCACAGCGGGAUCUGCAGCGUGUGGAAGAUGACUGGAAAGAUGCAGCAGAAGCGAGAGACAGGCUGUCGAAGGAGCUUGCUACCGCUCAAGAAGAGCUUAAGAGCGCCCGCUCUAACCUUCGUGAUCUGGAGCAGCAAGUGUCCAAGCUAACCAGCGAUGCUGAGGGCCUACGUGACGAGAUGGGACUCAAGACCGCUCAGUACAACAGCGCACAAAGCCUGAUGAACAGCAUGCAGGAUCAAACACAUGAGAUCGGCGCACAAAUGAAAGAAGUCCGCGAGCGCUGCGAAAGCCUCGAGGAGGAGCUGGCGGAUGCACACAGGCUCCUGAGUGAGCGAAGCCGCGAAGGGGAGACGAUGCGGAGACUGCUCGCUGAUGCCGAGAGCCGUGCUGAUUCGAAGGUUAGAGAGAUGCGUGAGCGUAUGGAGCUAGCCGUCGAGGAGCGUGAUCGUGCGGAGGAACAGGCCAGUACGGCCGGCCGUCGGCGUGCUCGGGAGCUGGAAGAUCUGAAGCAGAAGGUUCGCGACGUGGAAAGAGAUCUUGCCCGCGCUACUGAAGCUAGGGAAGAUUUUGCAAGCACUGAGAAAGAGCUGAGGAGACAGAAAGAGGAUUUCGAGCGAAGAGCCACGCAGGCUUCUGAUGAAGUCAAAGAGAUUAGGCAGGCGAUGAGCCAGCUUCGAGAUGCUUUGGAUGAAGGCGAGAGACACAGUCAAGAGCUAGAGCAAGAGAAGACAGACCUCCGCCGCGCGCUUGAAGAAACCCAGGAAAGGCUCGACAAAGUUCAAAAGUCGAGCAAGUCGAUGGCCGAAGAGCUGCGCAACCUGCAGGCUUUUAAGCCCCGCACUCCGGACUUCAGCAUCCAGUCCUCUCGAUCCUCCUUGGAUUACUCAGGCACUCCGUCCAGGAUAGCGUCACCUCCGGUAAAGGGAAGAACGCCUUCUGUUGCGACAGCAGUGGGCUCAGACGCUGGGUCGAACAGCAUGGAUCUCGUCUACUUAAAGAACGUGCUCUUGCAUUUCUUGGAACAAAAGGAUAAGUCGCUUCAGAAGCAAUUCGUGCCGGUGCUGGGGAAGAUACUUCACUUUGAUCCGAAGGAAGAGCAGAAGUUAAUGGCCGCAAUUACUGCGAAAUGA